AUGGGCAAAUGUGCUUCCAAAUUCAACGAUGAAGGUUCUCGGGGCCCACUCUCUAUAAAGGAUUUCAGCAUUUCCACCACUUGUGGAACAGGUGCAUUUGGGAAGGUCUCACUGGUUGAAAGAAGAGGGCCUCAUGGUGCUAGAAGGAAAUACGCUCUCAAAUGUAUAAACAAGGAGAGGUCAAUAGCGGACAAGGCGGCGAUUCAUAUAAUACAAGAACGGAACCUACUCGAAGAACUAAGACAUUCCAAUAUCAUCAAACUGUGCUUUUCCUUUCAGGACUCUGAGAAUAUGUACAUGGUUUUGGACCUGAUGCCUGGUGGUGACUUGAGGUUUCAUUUAAAGAAGCCGUUUUCGGAGGAUGCUACUAGAAUCAUCGUCGCCGAGAUAUCAAGCGCCCUAGACUAUCUCCACGCUCGUCGUAUCGUGCAUCGUGAUGUUAAACCCGACAAUGUCCUUUUAGACGCUCAAGGUCAUGCUGUAUUGACCGACUUUAAUAUAGCAGUUCGAUUACGGAAUGAUAAACCCCUGAAAUCUAUCGCAGGCACUGAACCUUACAUGGCUCCCGAACUAUUGGAAGGAUGCUACUACACAUCCGUAGAUUGGUGGAGCUUGGGUGUAAUGAUGUACGAACUGCUAUUCGCAGACAGACCAUUUAGAGGCAAAGACAAGCGCAACCUAAUCAGGAAGGGUGAAUACCGUCUUCCCAUCGACACAACCGUAGUCAUAUCUCCUGAAUGUGAAUCGUGUCUAGCCGGAUUUCUCCAAAUUGACAUCUCAAAACGCCUGGGUCACGAAGAGUCUGGCAUGAGAGCUCUAAUGUCGCAUCCCUUCUUUUCGACGAUUUCAUCAUGGCGGGAUGCAAGUAUCAAGCAACUGGAGCCAUGCUUUGUGCCGUCAAGUACAAGACCUAAUUUCGAGGUUAUAUCUGAUGUUGAUCCAGUGAAAGCUCUUGUGGAGAAGAAGAAGAUCGGGGCUGUUCAAUUAGCUUCUGAUUUGUCGUUGAUUGAGAAGGCUUUCAAGUAUUACAACAGUGAAAUACCAACACCAAAACAGCAUUCAGAAGCAACCAUAACAGAAACCAGACUACAAUCGACAUGCAAAUGUGAUUCCAAAAUUGGAUCUGAAAUGACAUUGUUGUCGAAACCUGACAAUGCUGAGAAGCUCGUAAUAACACCCAAAGCCAUCCAAGCUUCAGCCAUGAUGGACAUAGAUGAGGACUUGAACAUACGAGAUCAAGUCAUGCUACUCAAGGCCGCCAACCUCAUGGCUAGUGUUGGUGUACCAGCCAACAAGAUUGAUGCGACCAUGUUCGAUCUGGAUAGAAGACAGCUACUUUACUAG